AUGCCUAUCCCGAUCAGCGUAAUCACCUCUUUCCGCACAUCCUUCAACCCCUUCUCCCAGGCAUCCCGGCCCUGCCGUCUCUUCUUGUCUCUUCUUCGCACCCCCAACACUGUCGCCGGUAGCCCGACCUUCAUCGACAUCAAGGUCAACCAGCUGCCGCGUAACUCCACACAGGAACCCGUCAUGACCAUCGGUUUCAAGGGUGGAAAGGAGCUUACCUUGGAGGUUGGCAAGCGUGGAUUGAAGAUUGGCGAUGUUGUUGAGGAAGUAUCGCGAGUUGGUCGCCAGUUGGAGCGCGAGGCUAGUCUGAAGGGCUAA